AUGACAGUAUGGAUAGCGCCCUCUCGCUCAGAUGAUGUCGCCAAAGAAGACCCAUUCAGCGAAACCGAUGCCAUCACCCUAGCUAGCAAUCCAGUCAUCCACCCAGCCCUAGAAUCUGAGGACGCUGAGCCGGGCUCAACCCAAGGAGCAAAGCAGCAAUCAAAAGAGGAGCUGGAGCGAAAUCUAUCCCAUCCCGAAGCGUCGCCAGCUCAGGAAGACCAGGCACAGCUACAAACAUCAGAGGCAGCGAAGUCGCCGAAGGUUGAAGCUGAAUCCAAGGCGGAACCUGGGGGCCUGUCGACAGCGCAGCAGGUGGCAGCGAAGGCGACAGAGCCGCCGCCGGAGGCCGAGGCCACGCUAUCGCCCAUGCUACCCGACUUCGAGCCGGGGUCGCCGGGGUCGCCAGAUCCAGAUCCAGAAGGUUCGGAAGAUCCAUUCGGCGAUCUGGGUCAGAAGACCGAUCUGGGUCGAGGUAGCCCAAUGGCGGAUGGACAGCAGGGGGGUGCGCCUCCAGAUGGAGAGGAGGACACGGGGACAAUGGCGGCAGCGGCGGCGGCGGAAGCCGAAGAUGACCAGGAGCGGGUUUCGGAGCGGGGCCCUGACUCGUCGCCAGUCGGGAAUGUGAGCCCCGUGGAGGAAGCUGGAGUCGCGCUACCAUCCGGGGGUUAUGGCGCAGGCGAUGACGCUCCUUCUGAGGCGGAGGCGGAGGCGGAGGCGUCGAAGCUAGGAGGUGGUCGUAAGGCGACGGAGGUGGCAGAGAAGGAAGAGGACCGGUCAGUUCGUACCGAGGUGAUGGCGGCUGCAGCGGCCGAUGAUGUUGCAGAAGAUGGACGCGGCGGCGACCCGCUGGCGGCGGCUGACGGCGACGCCGCCCCCGGGCCGGCCGCCGCCGUCGUAGCCUCAGAAAACGCCGAGGAUGCAGUAGCGGCGGCGGGAGCGGGGGGGGACGCAGAGGAUCUAAUGUAUGCGGGUGGAGAUGCCGAUGGCCACGGCGACGGCAAGGCAGGGUCCGCCGGCGGCGGCGGCGAGGCUGAGGCUGGAGCGUUGUCCACAUCAAUGGACGAGCUCGGCGAGUACAAGCCAUUGUACGGCGAAGGAACUACAGAGGUGGAGGAGCCUGUUGCCGUCGUCGGUGCUACUGCCGCUGACGUCGACGCCGCUGCCGUCGGCAGCAAGGGUACGGAUGCUAAAGCAGGGGAUGGAGAGUCGGACGGCGUGGCGGCGGAGGCGGCGGAGGUAGCGGCGGAGGCGGCGGCGGAACUGGGUCGUGAACAAGAGUCGGUGGCGCCGGAGCUCCAACAACCAGAUGGGGGAGGGGAUGAGCCGCUGGGGGUAGCGGCGGCGGGGGAGGAGGAAGAGGACAAAGAAGUGAAAAUGGCGGCGGCGGCGGCAGCGGCGAAAGAUGCUGGAGAUCUGGCAGCGGCGGUGGCGUCAGCCGUACAAGAUCAUCCGCUCGACCAGCAGGAAGCUGAGCGGCAGCUGCGGGCCGAGGAUUCCAUGGACGCUGAUGUUGGCGGUGGCGAAGGUCAGAUGUACGGAAAUCCUGAGCGUGAGGUUAGUGCAGCCGCCGCUGCCGCCGCUGCCGCCGCUGAAGUACCAGCCAGUGAGCCGGCGUUGGCGGAAGUGAAGCCGGCAGUCGAAGCAGCGGAGGCAAGGUCUGGGAGGGGUACGGCAAGCGAGCCGGAGCGCGAGGGUAGUCUCCGCAACAGUCGUAGCGGCAGCCAAAACAGCCGCGGUAGCGGCGGCGGCCGUAGCAGCCGGCGCCCACAGCCCGCAACGGUUGAAAAGAUCGCGUCGGCCGCCAGCAGUACGGCACCCCCCGCCGAUCCCGGCACUGCCUCCGCCGAUGUCGACGCCGACGUGUACGACGAUGACGGCGGCGACGGCGAUGUGUACACGGACCCUGAGCAGGCUCAUGAAGACGAUGAAAAGAGCUCAUCACGGGUGAGCUCAGACGCAGUACGGCAAUCGCUGCCGCCGCAACCGUCGCAACGGCAGACAAACUCACAACCGCAGCAGCAGCAGCAGCAGGACCACCUGCCGGAGCUGUCAUCGGCGGGACCGUCAGGACCUCUGUCGUACGAUGAGCAGCAGCAGCGCAAGAAGCAAGCAGCCACCGGCAGCGGCAGCGGCGACGCCGCCAGGUCCCCCGGGUCCGUUCCCUCUUCGCCGCCAGGGCUGCCGCCGGUUGUGCCCCCCUUGUUCCCGCCCAUCCACGCCUCCGCGUCCUCGCCCAAGUCAUCUCCAUCAUCCACCCAGGACCAGCAACAAAAACAACAACAACAAAUAAAACAAAAGGAACAAAAGCAGCGCAAAGAGCAACAGCAGCAACAGCAACAGCAUCCUCCGUCACCCCGCAGCACACGCGACGUACCAGGAAAGGCCGCCGCCGCCGCCGCUGCCGCCGCCAUCCCUGCUGGUACCGGUGGCGCCACUUCGGGUGGGGCCAAGGCUAAGGGGAAGACAGAGGCAGGGGCCCACCACGCCGCCGCCGCCGCCGCCGCCACCGCCACGGAUCCCGAAAGCAUAACCCAGCAAUACCUCGCUCUGCUGCACGCGGGGGAGCUCAAUCGGCGACCCAAGACGGCUCCGGAGGCUGCUGCGCCAGGUUCGUCCACCACGCCCAGGUCAGCCGCCGGCAGCGGUGCCGCUGCCGCCAUGGCCCUCACCAGCCCCAACAGCAGCAGCAGCAGCAACAACAACACUACUUUCUCGCAGCCGCACAGCCCCCACAAUCCUAACAACAAAUCCCCCAGCCCCCCCCGACCAGGCACCGGUCACAGCGCCGCCAGCGGCAACAGCAGCACCCUUACGGCGCAGGGCAUGGAGCUGGCUAGGCUGCAGGCGAAGGCGGCAUGGGAGGUGUCGCCGAUACGGCGUGCGAGGCACACAAACAGCGACAACCAAAGCGACAGCGGCGGCGGCGGCAAGUUGCUGCCGCCGCUGGGCAACGGCGGCGGUGGUGCUGACCCCACGUCGUACAGGAGCCCUAGCGGCGGCGGCGGCGGCGGCCCUACUUCCCCCAGCCGUACCGGCGCCAAGACCGGCCCCAAAUCGGGUGAUGGGCCGUCCUCAGCGCAGCGGACCUUCAUUCCCCGCCCAACCAUUUCCGCGGCACCGUACCCCAAAAUCUUCUCGCCAGGACCCGGAUCUUACUCCCCUUCGGUAUCUCGCCAAGGGGACAGCUCCCACCUGGGCGGGCAGUCCUUUGGCGGUGGCUCCCCCCCGCGGGCCUGGGCCUUUGGCGCCGCCCGGCAGCGUCCCCCCCAUGUUUGCAUCCACCACCCGAACGCAUCCCCUGGUCCCGUGUACCUGCCCUCCAAGGACGGGCUGUCUACCUGGCCUGCGCAGGCGAACCCCAAGUUCGAGCGCAACCUGCCCGGCGGUCGCUUCAUCCUCACCGCCGGCCAGCCCGGCAACGCACCGAUGUUCAACCCCGGCCCGGGGUCCUACCAGCCGGAAACCAACGCAGCCGGUGACCCCCUCAGCCCGGGACGCAGCGGCGCCAUGCCCGCCUACUCCUUCGCACACACACGCAAACUGCUCACGCCAGCGACCGACGGCGCCGCGCUUCCCGUACUUUCCAAAGAGCAUGUACGGGAGUACUUUGGCACGUUAUCGCCGGGGCCGGCGCAAUACUCGCCCGACACGUCGCCCACUCGUACGGCAGCGCCCGCCUAUUCUGUGGCGGGUCGUCGCAAGUGCUGGUUCGACCCCGUGGAGCUGUCCCCCGGACCCAUCUACAAGCCGAAUGAGCUGGACAGGAAGGGGGGGCACUCGUUGGGGGAUUCGCCGUAUGCCACGAUCGGCAAGGGACCAAAGUUCCACGACCCAACCCAUGCCCUGUCCUCGAGUGCCUGGCUCAGCUUCAACCACGCAAGACGCGCCAACUACGGCAUCCACAGCCCCGGCCCGGUGUACCUGCCGAACGACCCACGGGCCCCUCGCAUCCCCUCACCCUCGCUGGCCACCGGGCCCUUGGACCGUUUCUCCGCGCGAAAUGAGACGGGCAGAUUGCAGUGA